GCUGCUUGUGCAGAGCUGUCAUCCGGCUGUUCAGGGCUGUGUGUCAGAUCUCAAUCUCACAUAUCAAAUUUCAUCAGAGGACAACCUCUUGGUAUGGCAACAUUGAUUUCUUUCCAUGGUUUGGACCUUCAUCACAACACAGCACCGUCUAGUGGCACAGAUUGGGAACGUGUCAGAUUUCUGGCGUAAUAGGAAUGUGUUGAGAUACAUUGUAGCAUUGGCAGGCAUCCAAUGUAAAAAAGACCAAGGUCUACUUAGCAGAAAACAGACCAUGAAAACCAAGCUGUAAUUUAUUUCCUGCUAACAACAGAAACCAGUUAUCCCAGAAUAAAGCGGGAUCAGCUGACAGGACUCAGGGGUUAUCCAGGGAUAAAUAGGAAGAGAACAAGGAGUGAAAAGAUUUUGUUUUCAGUGUUUAGAACCCAGCAUCACAACCUGACCUGCUAAACCUAAGUGGAAUAGCCUUCUUCAGCCUGAGAUACCGGGACCACAAGACGAUUUGACCAUCACCAUGUUCAGCGUGGAUAUUAUCACACUUAUUCUCUUCCUCCUUAUUUUCCUUCUUCUGAGCAAAGUAUUUUAUAAGAAGGAAAGCAAAAACAAGAAUUUUCCACCAGGACCAAACUGCUUACCAAUCAUUGGGAAUAUGCAUUUAUUUGAUGUAAAGAACCCUUCCAAAACAUUCACCCAGCUGAGCAACAGGUUUGGCCCAGUGUUCAGUGUCCAAUUAGGAAUGCAGAAGGUUGUGGUUUUGUAUGGAUAUGAUGCGCUAAAGGACGCUUUUGUCAACCAUGCUAAUGAAUUCGCCGACAGAGCUGACAUACCGAUAUUUACCGAAACAUCAAAUGGACAUGGUAUUGUCUUUUCUAAUGGCGAAAACUGGAAAGUAAUGAGAAGAUUUACUCUUUCAAAGUUGAAAGACUUUGGAAUGGGGAAGAAAUCUUUAGAAGAUCGGAUAAAUGAAGAAUGCGACUCAUUAGUACAGACAUUUAAGUCAUAUGGAGGGCAGCCGUUUGAGAACACGACCAUCAUUAACACUGCUGUGGCUAAUGUCAUUGUGUCUAUAUUACUUGGCCACCGAUACGAUUAUGGAGAUCCAACGAUCCUUAAACUCAUGAGAUUAGUCGAUGAAAACUUUAAGCUGCUGGGUAGCCCAAUGAUCACGUUGUACAACAUGUACCCUAACAUAAUGCGCUGGUUACCUGGAGGACAUAGGACAGUUUUCAAAAAUAAUUCGACAUUAAAAAACUUUAUAAUGGAAACGUUCACCAUGCAGAAGAGUCGACUGGACAUUAAUCACCAGGAGAACUUCAUUGAUGCCUUUCUGAUAAAGCAACUAGAGAAUAGUCCUGAAUCGGAUCUGUACUUUCACAAUAGCAACUUAAUCAUGCUUGUUUCCAAUUUGUUUGUUGCCGGGUUGGAAACUACUUCUACAACUCUGAGAUGGGGCCUCCUGUUGAUGAUGAAAUAUCCCGAGGUCCAAAAAAAAGUUCAAAAGGAAAUUGAACAAGUCAUUGGCUUUCGCCAGCCCCAGAUCGAACAUCGCAAGCAAAUGCCCUACACGGACGCUGUAAUACAUGAGAUUCAGAGAUUUGGGAAUAUUAUACCUGCUAUUGCUCCACAUGCUACAGCUCAAGACGUGAUGUUCAGAGGCUACUUCCUGCCAAAAGGCACCCAUGUUCUUCCAUUACUGGCUACUGUACUGAAGGACAAAAAAUACUUCGAAAAACCGGAUGAAUUUUAUCCAGAACAUUUUCUCAAUUCUCAAGGACAUUUUAUGAAAAAUGAAGCAUUUCUGCCUUUCUCAGCAGGUAAAAGACGGUGCACUGGAGAGAUUCUGGCUAAUGCUGAACUGUUCCUCUUCUUUACAAGACUGUUGCAGAACUUUUCUUUCCAGGCUCCUCCUGGCACUGAUGUGGAUAUUACCCCUGUAGUUGGGUUCACCAGUGCUCCCAUGAUCCAUGAAAUGUGUGCUGUGCCACGUCAUAAUGACUAACUGGGCUGGUGGAGCCCCAUGGUCAAAAAACUUUGGUGGGGGUCUCACCCAAAUAAGUGUCAUAUACUUUGUGGCUGUUUAAUUUAGCCACACCAUUGGUGCUUUGUUGUCCUCUUCAAAUGUCAACAAUGAUGACAUCUUCUCUAUGACACCUGACCACACUCUCCACUGCUGUAAAAUGUAUGGCAAUAAUCAUGAAAGCUUGGCCACCAAAUAUCAUCUAGUCAUAAGAGCUGACAGAGAGGAUGUUAAAACUUUAAUAUUGAUGGAGAGACGUGUUCCCAUGUCUUGUGCUAUGUCUUGUCUGUUAAUUGCUUGAAGGUGGUGGGCCCAACAAUUACCUGCUUUGCCCACACUAUAAUCUAGCCUUGAUAACUAGUGCUGUGAAAAAUAUUGGGCAAUUCUCCCAUCUGCCCAUAGGAUAUCAAAAAAUCAUCCAGAGUCACCAUUGGUCACCUCUCUUACCAAGGUUCUUCUCUGCUGAUUACUUAGUUUUGUGGGGAAGCCAACUCAAAGAGUCUUGGUUGUUCCAAAUGUCUUCCAUUUAAGAAUUAUAGAGACCACUCUGUCCUUGGGACCUUUAGGACCAUGUUCAAUCAACUGAAUUUACCACUGGUGAAGUCUAAUCAAGGUGUGGAAACAUCUCAGAGAUGAUCAAGAGAAAUGGUAGGCCCCCAGGGCUGAACUUCAAAUGUCAUAGGAAAGGAUCUAAAUAUGUACAGUGGUCAAUCAAAUUACAAUAUUGUUUCCGACUGUUGUAAGUUGAAACGAGUUGAAACCAUUGUACUUGAGUAAUGGUCAGUUGAAAAAGCCCAAAAUGUCAUCCAAGGACAAUAAAGAUUUAAUAAAUAUAAGCAGAUACCUAAGACAGAUAAAACAAUUCCUUACAUAUAACAGUCAGCAUUAGCUGCUAACUAUGAAAGCAAGAAAAAUAAAAAAUA